GUUGGCUCACAGUUAGACAGUUUGAGACUUCAAUCACUUCAUCACUUGAAGUACUCAUCGCUCGUAUUCAUUGAAUUCAAUGAAAUAUUAGUUCGUGGCUUCAAAUUCACUGUUUGUUUCACAUUGUGUUGCAAUUAUCAACAAUUCAUUGGAUUUACAAUAUUUUGUGUCAAAAGUUUGCUAAACGUACAGAUUGUGGGCAAACAUGACGAUGACUGCGAUUAUGUCCAAAAGCAAUGAUCACGUCAAGAGACCGAUGAAUGCUUUUAUGGUAUGGUCGAGAGGACAGCGCCGGAAGAUGGCUCAGGAGAACCCAAAAAUGCAUAACUCGGAGAUCAGUAAGCGUUUGGGUCAGGACUGGAAGCUGUUGACUGAGGCCGAGAAGAGACCCUUCAUUGAUGAGGCGAAGAGACUGCGAGCCCUUCACAUGAAAGAGCAUCCAGACUAUAAGUACCGGCCCAGACGUAAGCCAAAGCCUAUGGUCAAGAAAGACAACGGCUAUUUAGGGUCAGCGCCGGCUUAUAUGAGUCCGUCUAUGGGCUCACCCUUUGACCCGUUGGGCCGAUUCACAGCUUUCACAUCACCGACCAGUGAUGUGCCGGUGACUAUGGCCGGGAUGGCACUCGAGAGUGAAAAGGCCGCCACCGCCCGCUCCUACCCAUUAAGCGUACCGCCGCUGUACGCACCGGGAGGUCAUCUGAAUGCGAUGGUCAACGCCGUUAAGAUGAGGAACGAUUCCUUAACUCCCGGCGCUCUCAAAGUCAAUAACGACGCGUUCGGCAACUUUUGUUUCAGUCCAUCCCUUUACUCGUCAUCCGCCGCCUCAUCACUACUGUCCUCACUGUCAGCCCAUUCCCAUCUGAGCCACACACAGCCCACACACCCCCACCAGUAUAACCUCCAUCAGAGUGCUUAUCUGCCGGCUCCGGGCUAUCACUUACCGCCAGUCUCUUCACAUUCGGCAACAAAUCCUCAAUUCAGUGCUGACUUACGGAACAAUCCGUUCGCCGCCGCAUAUCUCAUGUCAGGUCUGCCUAAAAUGGACGACCGGAUGUCAAGUCUGACAAAACUCUCUCCGCCUCCCAUUGUUUAGUACAACAGUUGAUCCCAAAAGCAAAUUAAGUUUCAAUUCAUUUAUUAUACUCUUCUGACAAACCGUAUGUCACGAGUACUCUGUAGUGCUGUACUGUUUGUGCUGUAGGUCUACGCUCUCUCUAACCGUUAUUCUCAUAUAUACUGUAUAUUCAUAUUUGUUUAGUUGAGUACAGAAUACAGUGCAAGACAUACAUCAUAUGAGACAUACUCUAUGAGACAAACCAUGAGAACAGACUCUCUAUUGAGAAUGCAUUUCAUGUCAUAUUAAUAAUAAUAUGCUUUCAAUUGUCAU